AUGCGCAGCUGCUGUCCAAUAGAAUUAAGUUAUUGCAGCAAGAAGAAGCCAGGACAUGGAAAAAAAUCGAAGAAACUAGAAAAAAAAUCCCAAGAACUGAAAAAUGUGAAAAAAGAGCAAGAGGAGUUUGUGAGGCAAAAAUCUGAAAUUAAGACGCAAAGGGAAAGAGCACUAAGCGAGCAAAGGUCGCACUACAAUAAAAUAAGAGAGGAAAGAAAACAUAAUACAUAUACAUUGAAACAAGCGAUUUUACAAAAUAAAAGAGAAGAAGCUUUUAAUGUAAGAAAACAAAGAGAGGAAAAUAUAAGGAAGAAAAAAGACAUGAUGGAUUUUUUUAGAGAAGAAAAUCAAGCUAGGAAAUCUGCCAUAAGAGGUAGUGAGAUGUCUGCGACACAGCGUAUUAACCAAUGAAGGAAGGGUCCACCCAGAUUCAAGAUCCAAUGCUUGAAAACCGGCUCCUGGGAACCGACUUUCAAGCAAAAAUUCAGAAUUCCGAAUUAGCUUCCAAAUUCAAGCAACUUUUGACAUAAAAUUGAUUGGUGUGCUUGAAUAUGGUGCUAAUUUUUGACGGUGCUAAUAGAAAGUCUAUCCUAGACCUAUUUUCAAGAUUUUUAUAAUAAAACCUCUCCAAAUUCUAAAAAAGUCAAAAAACCGAAACCUAUAUUCAAGAUAAUCUUGAAUUUGGACCCAAAUUCAAGAUUAUCUUGAAUUGUUUUACUAUGCAUUUUCGGAAAUUUAAAAAUUUUUGAUUCUUAUGAAAUUAAAAUUGUUCUGAAGCAUCUUAAAGCGUUGAUGUUAAGAACGUAAAAAUCACGAAUAAUACAUUGCAUAGGUAUUAUUUAAUUAUAAUCUUUAUUCAAAUUUUGCUUAUCACUGUUAAAAGUUAUAUUAAUAUAAUGGAUAAGAUAAAUUUGGCGGCAACUAUUUGCAAACUGCAGAUGAAUGAGAACGAACAUUGGCUAAAUGAUGAAGUUUUAAUGCAAUGUGCUGAUAAUUUAAGUGUUUCAAUACAGCUUAUAAGUCAUUUUUUCGGCAUCUCCAAAGAAGAAAGUGAUAAUUUUUUAAAAAAUAUUCAAUGCAAUAGCUCAUCAACAAAUUCCAUCAGUUGAUCAAGCCAAUAACUCGGAAGCUGAAAAGGAAAUAAACAAUACUGAAGGAUAUUCAAGCCAAAUAUUUAAGAUAGACUCAGUUUUGCACUUUGGCUCACAUCAAGAAUUUACAUCCUUUAUAAAAGCAACUUUCAUCAAAGACGAUAAUACAAUAUUAAGAAUAUAUUACUCAUCUCAGAACACUAGCACUUACGUAUUUCAAUGCUACUUCUCUUUAGAGCAUAAAAGCUUCAAAUUCCCAUGGAUUGAGAGUGAAGAAUUAUGCAAAUUUCGGAUGAGAUGAAGAUAUGAUGUUGACAAUAAUGGAUUUAUCUAUAAGUGUGAUUCUAUAAAUCCAUAUCAUAAUCACAAAAGAAUAUCAGAAGAUGACAAACGAUAUAUUUCUGAAUGUCAGGCAAUUCCAUAUCAGUGCAAGGUUGAUGCUGAGGAGUUAUUUAAAAAAAUGUAUCCAACGAAAGUAAUAUAUGAAAUUCUAGAAAGCAAACACGGAAAGUUAUUUUUUUUUCAAUAGAAAAAUGGGAAAACUUUCUUGAAGGCAUCUCACAAAAAGAAUAGAGCAUUGACAUUUGCUGAUAUUAUAAAAAGCAAUGAAGAUGAUAACAAUCCAAAUUUAACUAUGUUAAAAGAUGAAACAAAUCAGCGCUUAUUUAUAUCUACAAGAGAAAGAUUAGAAAAUUGAAAGAAUUUAUUUGAGAUUGUGAUAGUUGACAGCACUCAUCAAAUCAUGAAUACUUUAAAUCAGCAAUUGUCAUGAUGACUGUUGAUUCUUUUGGUGGAAAUUUUUUGCUUUGCAUCUCACUAACAUUAAGUGAGCAGAAAGAAGAUUACUUAUGAACUUUUGAAAAAAUUUAAAGAAUUAGGAUUUAGAGAUCCUUUAACUAUUGUUGUUGAUAGGGAUCUUGCUCAAUAUAAUGCAAUAAAAGAUUGCUUUACAAGUUCAAACGUCAUUUUUUGUAUGUGGCACAUUCACAGAAAUAUAAUGGGCCUUUUUUAUAAGCAGGAAGUAAACAUCGAAAGGCUUGAAGAGCUAUUUUAUGAAUUAUAUAAGCAAGAUACUGAAGCCAAUUUCAAAGCUAAGUGAAAAUUAAUUAUGAGAGAAUUUUCCUUCUCUUAAAACUCAUCGUGGAUUUAAGAAACUUUAUGAGUAUAGAAAACAUUGAGCCAAUUUUUCUACUGAUAACAUGUUUUCUGCUGGCAUCAAAUCAACAAGUAGGGUUAAAUCAAUGAAUGCAUUACUAAAAAGAGUUAUGGCAGCUAUGAAACGAAGAAACAAUGCUAAAAUCUUAAUUGCUUUUGAAGAAAUUUUGGCAGACGAAGAUGAAGCAAUCAAAGCAAAAAUAUACAACCAACUGCAUUUCUAUGUGGAUAUUAGCUUCUCAAGGUUUUUGAAAGAAUUUAGCAAGUUUUAUACAAUGUAUUUCAAUCUCAUUUUCGCAAAAGAAUAUAAAAAUUUAAUUAAUUUGCAUGCUAUUACAAAAAAACAUGAUAAAUUCAUUUCAAAUUGAAGAUAACAGCUUCCAAGAAUCUAUUGUAUUUAAAGUUGAUCUGGAAGACAUUGCGUGAAGUUGCAAGAAAAUAAUCAAAUAUAAAAUGCUAUGCAGUCAUUUACUUUAUGCAGCAAAGAUAAAUAAAAUUGACCUCGUAGAAUUUGUUGUGAAAAAUACUUCAAGAAGAUGGUUAAUGCCAAAUGUAGUUCAUAUAGAUGAGACCAUAUCAUUUUAAUGAUUAAAAGUUCUUUUGGGCAAACGGAAGAUCACAGAAGUAGAAAAAGAACAAUCUAAAUUGGUCAGGAUUAAGAAAUAACAAAAAAUUAAAAAAAAAAAAUCUAAUCAAAAUUUUUAAAUUUCCGAAAAUGCAUAGUAGUAAAACAAUUCAAGAUAAUCUUGAAUUUGGGUCCAAAUUCAAGAUUAUCUUGAAUAUAGGUUUCGGUUUUUUGACUUUUUUAGAAUUUGGAGAGGUUUUAUUAUAAAAAUCUUGAAAAUAGGUCUAGGAUAGACUUUCUAUUAGCACCGUCAAAAAUUAGCACCAUAUUCAAGCACACCAAUCAAUUUUAUGUCAAAAGUUGCUUGAAUUUGGAAGCUAAUUCGGAAUUCUGAAUUUUUGCUUGAAAGUCGGUUCCCAGGAGCCGGUUUUCAAGCAUUGGAUCUUGAAUCUGGGUGAACCCAUGAAGGAACCAAAAGUUCGAGGAUUUCAAAAAUGAUUACCAGAAAAGAAUUGAUACUGAAGACGGCAUUCGGAAAACUAAGGAAAAAGAAGUAAUGGAUAUGGAACUGCUUGAAAUGGAGCUAAUCAAAAGGCUUCAAAACACUCAACUGAUUCAGAAACAAGCUUUCGAAGAAUUAGACACCGUUUUGAAGCACUCUAAUGUCAGCAAAACUUCAGGGAUUUUCUCUAAAAAAUCACUUGAAGGUAUUAAUAAUUAA